AUGGCUGCUUUCAAGAAGGUAUCGAUUAUGAUGAAGGAGGAAACUCAAGUGCGACCAGACAGACCGAUGUCUGAGAAGAUUGCAGAAAUCCCGGAAUUCUCAAUUGCACUCAACAGUGGAAAUAAUGAAAAAGACCAGGAAGAGAACAUUCACAAUUCACUGGACCACAAUCAGUCGGAGAAAAAUGUGAAAGAGUUCCUGAAGGAGUGCCCGCAUCUCAGCCAAGAGCAGGCGAUCAACUGGCUCAGUGAGUUUCCAUUGCCAGAAGCAAUCCGAUUGGCUAAGAAGCUCAGCUUCCAAGCGAAGAUCCCUUCGUGGGCUGUUCCUGGACUCAACCGAGCAACCACAACGAUGUCACAGUCGGAGCUCAAGAAUCUGCGGGUUGUGAAAAAUCCAGCAACAGGAUCGUUGACUGCAGCACUCGGCUCUCGUGUUGAUGGUCUCUCGGAUGCAGUCAAAAACGAUUCUAUGGACAAAUCCGCCCAGCAAGUUGAUGGACACCGGAACUCGCUUGCGCCAUUUUGUGCCCAUAAAGGAAGGGUUAGUCCCUUUAGGAGCACAAGCCAGGCAGUAGUAGACAGGAAGAGUGAUAGAUAA